GUCCGAUACAGCAGCCUUUGUGAUAUUUUUGGAGCCAUAGAUGUUCCUGAAGAAACAGGACAAUCAGCUUUAAGAUACUGCAGAUCCCAGUGAAGCAACACGAACAAACUCAUACUAAUACAAACAUUAACAAUAGGGGAGAGUGGGGUAAGUUGAGCCACCCCCUGUUGCUUGGAAAUGGUCAAAGAAAUUGAUCAUGUGACCAAAUAUUUAGGAGAUGGACAUCAAUUCAUGGAGUCAGUGAAGGUUAGACUAUGUUCACACUGCAGGUCAACUCUGAUUUUUUAACCAUCUGUGACACAUAUCAGAUUUCUUCAUCUAAGUGUGAACAGAGCAAUUCUGAUUUCUUCUAAUCCGACCCAGGCCUCUUUUAAAUGUGGAUAUAAAUCUUUUUCUUUAAUUAUUAUUUUUUACAAAACAGCUUUUUAGCAGUUAUCUGCAAUAAUAAUAAAAAUAAUUAUUGUAGCAGUUAGAAAGUGUAUGAUAGAUAAAAAUACAGAUGAAUGUGAAGAAGUGACUGUUAUUAAGGGAGAGAGAAGGUAGUAGGGAUACGGCUCAACUUACCCCGCUCCUAUGGUCAACUUACCCCAUACUCAGGGUAAGUUGACCACAGGAGACCACUUUUUUUGUCAUGCUAUAUUAUCAAGAUUACAGUUCUGUUUACACUCAUUCUGUUGGUUUGCAGGAAUGAAAAACAUCAUGAAAUAUCUGCAGAUACACGAGUUAGAGACAAAACUAGGAUUAUCUUGAUGUAGAGAUCUGAAAUAUCUUACCCCACUCUCCCCUACCAUGUUAUUUCAAAUCAAAAGUAAUCCCCGUUUCCUGUUUUUCUAAAAUCACCCCAUGAGAGUCUCUGCUGCUUGACAAGGCCAGCAGGUGGCGAUGAAGAUCUGAGUCAAAUUUGCAGAUCAAACUCAGUCACUGGAUUUGCAUUAAAACGACUUCUGUUUGGACGAAAAUGUAAGAAACACUCUUUCCCAGAUCAUGCUGUAUAAGUCGAUCUCACUUACCUUCUCUCUCUGUGUGCGUGUGUGUGACUCUGUGAUUACAUUAUGGUAAGGAAAGACGACCUGUCCCCUAUUAGUGGUCCUGCAUCAGUGUCUGUUCAGGGUCUACUGGACAGCGCUCUGCAGUCACACAGAGCAGCUUUUGUCUGAGACACUUUAAUGACCCAGCAGACAAAUUGAAGUCACAAGUGUGCACAGUCUGUGGACAGUUCGAGGCUGGAAACUCUUCCACUCCUGUUUUAUUCCACACAAAUCAUGAUCUGAGCAGAGUCUGGGUGUUACGGGACGACAUGGAGAGCCGGCUCUGUUUGCUGCUGCUGCUGCUGUGCACACUCAGUUUAGUGCUCGCCUCUGGAGAGGAGACGAAAAAUGAUGAUGAUGACAUCGACCUUGUCAGCUUUCUGAGAGGUAUCUACUCCGGGCUGCUGGUGAGAGACGAGCCGUUUAUCAUCAACAGAGACUUUGAGAUAAACUCCCUCAAGGAGCUGGGGCGCUCUGCAGACCCCUCAAUCACAGAACAAACCAAGGAUAAACCUGUCAGCUGGGAAACAACUGCGGCUCCUGGACCUGUGGUGUUGACCAAAAACGGACAGAUCAAGGGGGUCACAGUGGAUAAGGCUCAUAUAUUCUAUGGGGUACGGUAUGCAGACCCUCCUAUAGGCGCUUACCGUUGGAAGCCCCCCAGAUCUGUGAGUCCUUGGUCGGGGGUUUAUGAUGCUUCGUUUCCCAGAGCGGCGUGUAUGCAGGCCUGCAGUGGACCCAUCACAGAGGAGUGUCCACGGCUGGUAAGGAUAAACUCCACCCUGAUCUGACUAACGUGAUAUUACCCUUCAGGGCACAAUAACUUUCUUUGCACUUUUGCUACUUUGGAAUUUUAAAGGUUCUAGUACUUCAUAAUUAUGUUUUUAAAACUUUCUUAAAUAUAAUGGAUGCAUUAUAAAUCCCAAUGAUAGCUGAUAAAGAAUAGGGACAACCAUUACCCCCAAUUUCCACCGCAUCCGGAACGGCUACGAAAGGGCCGUAUCCGCCAGUCGUAGCUGAUCGUAACCAUCUAAGUUAACGUGUCAAUUUCCAUCGGCUUCUUUCCGUUCUGCUGCAGAUCACAAGAGUUAUAUUUUUUCCGUUAGUCCUGGAUUUCAUCAACCUAACCAGGGAUUUCCACUGCAUCCGGAAUGGCUCAGAUCCGGAACAGUGGCAAUUCCUACCGGUUUCAUUUGUGAGAUGAAUUUCGUGGCUGAUUACGGACAGCAGGAAUCGCGAGAACUCACAGGAACCCGCGGAUUCAUGUGCAAUCGCGCAAUAAUGAGUUCCGAAUGUGGUGGAAAUUGGGGGUAAUGUGGACUUGCUAACACAGCCGAUCGGCCGGUUAAAGUUUUUAUCGUUAUUUGCAAUUUCCCAAUAAAAAAUCACGAUCAAAAAUUCUGCAGCCUUACAACUGUUCAGAUAAUCGAAAUCAUAUUGAUGUUUUGUGUCCAUUUGCUUGAUAUAAUACAGUAUUGCCUCCAUUCAUUCAGGUCAGUCAGUGGUGGAUCCAGGGCAGUUAAAUGGGCACCUUUUAUUGGCUAUUGUAGUUGCAACUUCAAAAUCCUCAUUUUUGAUUGGCUUCCCGCCUUGCCUGAGAUGGGACUCAAGCGACGAUCACUUUUGCGCUGAGUCACAUCUGCCUGGUUUCAACUUCUUUGGUUUUAAUCUGUAUUGUUUAUUUGAGGAAGCACUGUCCUGUCUAGUUAAGGCAAAAUGCUUUUAAGAGAAACUAGGCGAGCCAAACACGUAACAGCAACACCAACUCUUGUGACACUGUGUUAGCCUGCUAGCAUAAAUCAGGACCACGAUAAAGGAUUAGCCCUGACUAGGGCUGGGCGAUAUGGGGAAAAGUUUAUCACCAUAAAGUGCUUAUUGGUGUCAUGUGUUUUGCAGUACAAUAAGCUACAGCAUCUGUGAGGUCUUCGUGUCUCUUUGACGUUUUGUCGUAAGGUCAGAAUGCCUGAUAGAAAGCCCGUGUUGUUCAGGUGUUUUCAAGUAAAUACCGUUCAGAUACAUUGUGUUUUACCGUGAGUUUUCAUUUGUCCUUUGCUGGCUUGUCCACCGCACCUGCGUGUGAGAAGGCCGCAGAAGUUUUCCUCCUCAUGCUGCAGAGAAAAGUUCGUUAAUUUCCUCUUACCUGUUUUUACCCAAUAUUCACCUUCACAUCCCGGGUUUAUUGUGCGUAAACGCCAGAAGUGAGUUUUAUGAUGUUUCACUGUCCAAGUUGGAUGCUAUCAUGUGUGAAUGUAUUGUUUACCGUGAAUAUGGCUAAUGCUAUCUCAUGCUAGUUGAUGUUCAUGUUAUGUACGGUGUGAGCUGUACUGAUUGUUGCGUUGUAUCUUUAUUUGCUGAACCACAAUCGAAUAAAUCCACCACUAAACUUGACAUCUGUAUCCGUGUCUUUUAACAGGGGACACACACCGUACACCUUACCGCUCUAAACCCAGAGAAAUCCUGGAGAACGCACUUUUCUUCUUUUUUAACGCCGACUAUUGAAAAAGCAUAUCAACCAUGUUUGUAUCGAGGGAAAUUAAUUUUCGAUACGUAUCGUUAUCGUUUUAUCGCCCAGCACUAACCCUGACAAAAUAGUACUUAAAGGACAAAACAAAAUACGUUGGUUUUUCAGCUGGAUAAAUGAAAUUUGUCUUCCGCGUCUCUGUAAAGGUGAGCGAGGACUGUCUCUACCUGAACAUCUUCGUCCCUCUGGACGUGGACUUCAGCGCCCCCCUGAGGAGCUCGCUGCCCGUCAUGGUGUGGAUCCACGGCGGGGACUUCAUCGCUGGCUCCGCCUCCAAGCCUCUCUAUGAUGGACGCUUCAUCAGUAACUUCACACACACUGUUGUUGUAAGCCUGGAGUACCGACUCGGUGAGGAAGUUUUAUUUUCAGUGUAAAAUUCACCUAAAAUAAAAAUCUUUCAGUGCUUUUAUUAUUACUUUUCCCUUUAAAGUCUUUAUUAUUUUUUCCAUCAAAAAUAAAGCUGAACUUAAACACUGGAGUUAAUUUGCUGAGGGAAACAAGCAGGCGUCUGAAGGAGGACAUUUAUCACUUAGAUGAAAUAAUAGUGUUUUCUGGAGGGGAGAUACAUUUGUGUUUGUGUGUGUGUGUGUCUGAAGCUAGAUAACAUGGUGUGUGACAUUAUUUUAAAUGACUGAGCCUGUUGGUAAUUACUCUGCUCUCCUGAAAGACUGGAAACAGGAGCGCAGAGGAAAUGAAUUUCUUGCUGGAGUCAAUUAUGUCCUGCUGAUCAUGUGAAUUCGUGUGUGGUUUAAGGUGCCUUUGGGUUCCUUGUUUCUGGUAAAGACGCUCACACUUCAGCUGUAGGGAAUUAUGGGGUCUUGGACCAACAGGCGGCUCUUCUCUGGGUCCAGCAGAACAUUGCAGUGUUUGGAGGGGAUCCGAGCAAGGUGAGGAAACGCACAAUUACCUCGAGAUUUAUCUUUUAAAAAGAGCCAAACCUUACACCGCUAUUAAAACUCAAUUAAAGGGAUAUUCCGGUGUAAAAUUAAGUUAGAGUCAAACACAGGGUAACACUGAGUAAGACACCCCCAUUGAGAGAUGAAUGUUGCCGACCGCUUGCUUAGCAAAGACCACAGAGCCACGUGCUCAACCAAAACGCCACUCUAUAGCCACAAAUAAUGCUCAGAACAGCACCUAACUUCAUCAACAGGACAUAUAGGGUCACAGACAUAGUACUAGACACCAAACAUCUUUUUAACUUUGACUCAUUUCUUUAGCAAAGAGACUAAACACAACUCACCUACUCUCUUCCAGCAGCCGCUUGUUUGUAGCGAGACCUCAGGCCAGUCCAUUACGGACUAUAGCGGGGUGUCGCAGCUCAAGGAAGAACAUUUAUGAUCAUUUCUUUAUCAUUUCCUUGAAGUAAUAAUCACUAUAUUGAUCAUUUCGCUCUGCAGACGCUGUAGUUCUUCUGCCUUAGCGUCUCGGUCUGAUUGUAUUUCAAUGAAGAAAUAAUCAUAAAUGUUCUUCCUUGAGCUGCGGCACCCCGCUUUAGUCAGUAAUGGACUGGGCAGAGGUCUCGCUACAAACAAGCAGCUGCUGGAAGAGAGUAGGUGAGUUGUGUUUAGUCUCUUUGCUAAAAUUAGUCAAAGUUAAAAAGAUGUUUGGUGUCUAGUACUAUGGCUGUGACCCUAUAUGUCCUGUUGAUGAAGUUAGGUGCUGUUCUGAGCAUUAUUUGUGGCUAUAGAAUUGCGUUUUGGUUGAGCGCAUGGCUCUCUGUAUUGCUAUCCUGCGGUCAUUAAAGUUGGUAUAACUAGAGAAGCAAGCGGUCGGCAACAUUCAUCUCUCGAUGGGGUGUCUAUCUCGGUGUUACAGUGUUUGACCCGAACUUAAUUUUACACCGGAAUAUCCCUUUAAUGCGUUAAAUGUCUGAUGGUACUGCACUUAGAGAAUCACUUAUAUAGAGAAUCUUUUCCAGAACAAGAAGUAAGACUGUGCUUGAUUACCACUCAGAUAUACAGAGCAAAGAAAUGGGCAUAGAAACCACUGCUUCACUCCCAUCAGUGAAGCAGUGGUGGCCGCCGGUGAUGCAUGACGAGUCUGAGUCUAAUGUGCACAAAACUGGUGCAUCUCGCAGUGACUUACUCAAUACAAAAACACAUGAUGUAACAAGUUUGUUUGUUCAGGGCUACUGUAGAAACAUGGCGGUGGAAGAUGGAGACCCUUGUGGAAGGAGACGGGCUCCUUUAUUUGUGUAGAAGACUUAAUAAUUAACAUAAAGCAUCUACAACAGACUCAGGAAUAAUGAAAGAAAGUAUCCUGGAGGAAUACAACGACAAAUCCAAGGGGGCGUCCCAGAUCUUGGUCCAAUCCAGCGUCUGUGAAAUGGAUAUUUAGACUUUUAAUAUCAGCCACAGUGGAAAAAUGAAGCUUCUUCUUCUUGUUAAAGCGACAGCUGUUUAAUUUUUUUACCUUUUUUUUAAUUUUUUUGUCAGGUGACCAUAUUUGGAGAGAGUGCAGGUGCUCAGUCGGUGAGUCUCCACCUGAUGAUCCAGAGCAGCAAACCUCUGUUUAAACAGGCGGUGCUGCAGAGUCUGCCCUUCUCCAUCCCCCUCAAAACACGGUGAGGAAUCCCGACGAGCGACUGAAGUCACAAAAUCUUUUCUGCUCCGCGGGCUUUCAAAGAUAUUCACUCCCUGUUUUUUUUAGUUUCUGAGAAUCGGAGCGAAGCGUUCUCACUCUGCUGUUUUCAAAUCUCCUGAGACCGUCUCCCGCAUGCUUACAGUUACAGACAACCUCCAUCUGAACUGUUAUUCUGCUUCAUCCGCCUCUAUCCCCAGACACGAUGCCCUGAAGCUGGGAAAGGACUUCGCCAAACAGACCAACUGCUCCGUGAGCGACGUCGUCUGCCUGCUGUCUCUCUCUCCACAGGCCGUCCUGGCCGCCCAGAUGAAAACAAGUAGGGCGCCGCAAACACCAGCCCACACUCACCAAAUUUAGAGCAGCGCUCAGGGCUGCCCACGCAGUUACAUAAGAAGACAGAUAUAGUAGGUUUAUCUGAAAAAGAUGAUGAAAACAUUAUUUUUAUCCUGAGCUGUGACAUUUUGGAAAACAAAAUCAUGAAAACCUGAAAAAUGGUCCUGAAGGGGUAAUUAGAGGAGCUUAUUGCCUCACAGCACAAAAUGACAGUAAUAUAUCAGCAGGGUGGCAGUGUUAUUGACUGACUCAUGAUUACACCAUCAGCUGCAGCUCUGUCUGAAUUCACCCCAAAAAACAAAAGAUACUCCAGACACAAAGAUCACCACCUGACGCUCAAAGAGAUCUGAAAAUAAUCCUCUGAAUCACGUUUAUUCUUCCUGUUUAAUUUAGUUUCCCGCUCUCUGCUGUGGUGUGAUUUUGACCUCAGGUUCCAAGAUUGUGAAUCCGUUCAGGUUCCUGGAGGUUUUUGAGACGUGGGGUCCGCACAUCGACGGGGAGCUUAUAAAAGAGCAAGCCGUCACUGCUUUCCUGAAGGGUCACUGGCAGAAAGAGAAGCAAGUGCUGCUGGGUAAGGAAAUAAAGUGAACUUGUUCCUCUUGUUUUAUUUAUGAAAGGACACGUAUGUACAUGAAAUCAUGACGCUGUUUAAAAUACGCACAAAAAGAAAAUUGAGGUUUUUAAUUAUGUUGCCAUUAACUGAUUUAAUACAUAUAUAUUCUCUAACUGAUGAUAAACCUGAAGUAGCCUCAAAUUGAAUUAAAAGCCCUUCAAAGUAAAAGCACAGGAAAUAAAGCAAGUUAAAACAUCAAACACAAGCGUGGCAAACAUUUGUUUUAGUUUCAGUUACACAGACAGGGAUUUAGAUAGAUUAUGAAUUAAAUCCACAUAAUUAAUUGUGUUUAUUAGUAACAGAUGCAGAGCACCGUAAACAUUAGUGUCUGGCCUGAGAGAUUAUUAUUUUUACAGUGACGUUUUAAAAAACUAAUCCUCUUAAUAAAGCCGCAGUCAUGAUGCAAACAUCAGCCUUUGGUUCCACCAGAAAAGUUUGGUCCUGGACCGUAUUUGAUUACCAACUUCUGGUCUUAAAGGGAUAUUCUGGCGUAAAAUUAAUUUAGGGUCAAAUACACCGAGUUAGACACCCCCCUCCAGAGAUGAAUGUUGCAGACCGCUUGCUUCUCUAGUUAUACCAACUUUAGUAACGACAGCAGGAUAGCAAUACACAGCGGUCUGAGGAGCCAUAAACAAACCUCAACCAAAACGCCACAAAUAAUGCUCAGAACAGCACCUAACUUCAUCAACAGGACAGAUAGGGUCCCAGCCAUAGUACUAGACACCAAACAUCUUUUUAACUUUGACUAAUUUUAGCAAAGAGACUAAACACAACUCACAGACUCUCUUCCAGCAGCCGCUUGUUUGUGGGGGAGCCCUAAUGAGUCGCAGCGGAGUUUGGCAGCUCAAGGAAGAACAUUUAUGAUAAUUUCUUCAUGGAAAUACAAUCAGACCGAGACGCUAAGGCAGAAGAACUACCACGUCUGCAGAGAAAAAAAUUAAUAUCACAAGGAAAUUUAAGAAAAUGAUAAAGAAAUGAUCAUAAAUGUUCUUCCUUGAGCUGCCAAACUCCGCUACACCCGGUGAUCGACUCGUCUGAGCUCUGCCUACAAACAAGUGGCUGCUGGAAGAGAGUAGGUGAGUUGUGUUUAGUCUCUUUGUUAAAGAAAUUAGUCAAAGCUAAAAAGGUGGCUAGUACUAUGGCUGUGACCCUAUAUGUCCUGUUGAUGAAGUUAGGUGCUGUUCUGAGCAUUAUUUGUGGCUAUAGAGUGGCGUUUUGCUUGAGGUUUGUUUAUGGCUCCUCAGACCGCUGUGUAUUGCUAUCCUGCGAUCGUUACUAAAGUUGGUUUAACGAGAGAAGUAAGCAGUCGGCAACAUUCAUCUCUCGGGGGGUGUCUAACUUGGUGUUACGGUGUGUUUGACCAUAACUUAAUUUUACUCCGGAAUAUCCCUUUAAGAAUAAACACACUGACAGUGGACUCAGGCCUGUCAUCUGUCAGAGCUGGUUUAAAGACACAGAUAUGAGAAUCAAAACCACUGAUGAGGAUCAAACAGAAGGAGGGACCACAGGGAUAAAAUGAAUCAGGAUUUAAGAAUCUGUACCAAAGAAUUCCCCUCCUGACUGUAUUUUCUCUCUUGUAUGAUCAUAAAAAGACAUCUGUUUGACUUCCUCUGUCCAUUAAAACCCUCCUCUUGAAUCAGACUUGAUGUAUACUCACUCUCCUGCAGUAAAUUGAUGCAACACUCCGGAUAAAUAUCAGCUUCUGACACAGCAGUGUUUUAGACUGUGUUAUUUCUCCUUUAAGGGAAACAAAGUUUCACUCUGCAGUUUAUAAUUCCUACUUUGCGAAGCCUGCCAAAAUGCGACAAACCGUUGAGUCUCCUAACCUCUCCUCCAAAAGAAAUACGAUCAUUAACAAGCGUUCGACCCGAGUUUCUGCAGGAAAGCAGAUCCAGCCUGUUGGUGCGAAAUUCCCAAGAUCAUAAAAAAGCUAAAGGCAAAGGUACAAACUCUGAGUAAUAGGCCUUUCUGGGAACCCGAGCAGCCUAAUGAAUCCAGGUGAAAGCUGGAGCCUAAUUACUUUUUCAGUGUAAAAGUGCCUGCAGUCACAACAAGAAGUAAACAUACUGAAGAGGAAUUAAAGACAAUGAGACUAAAGGUUGUGCAAAUGUGUAACAAAGAGGCUGCAGGCAAAGUCUGGUGAGUACAGACCGAGUACGGCUUUGUUUGUGUCUGCAGGUACCACCUCAGAGGAGGGGGUGAUCUUCGUGUACGGAGUCUUUAACAAGCCGGUGUCUGCUAUAGAGAGCACGGUCUACAUCACAGCCAUCUUUAAACAGCACGCUCUGAGGAUCCUGCACAAAUACCUGCCGCUGUACAGAGACGCCGACCGCAGGGGCAUGCUCGCCCAGGUAAGAGGAGCUCCACUUUAUCGUCCUCAGAUCUGUUAUGCGGAGACAUAAAUCCAAAAGCACGAGUCGAGACCAGUCCUCUAAGAUCAGACCCGCCUCUGUCCUAUCUUCAACGAUACGAGUAAAAGAAGAACUUCCUUUAACAGGCAGAAACCUUGUGCAGAACCAGACUCAUGUUAAACCCCCUAAUAACUUUUAAAAACUGAGCUGUGCAGAAAAAAGAGGACUUGAGCACAAACCAGUCUGACAGUAACUACAUGUCAACAUCACAACCAGGGGGGAGAAACAUUUAUAUUCUAUGUAAUAAGUUUCUAAAGUUUGUCCACAGCCCCAUAGGGAUUGCUGGAGGAGGCGGGAUUUAUGACCUAUACUGCAGCCCGUCAACAGAGGGUGCUGUUCUCUGAGUGGCUUCACCCAGCGAGGAGGCAGACUCUGUCCAUUCUAGAUACAGUCUGUGGUUUAUACCCUCCGAUUUCAAUUGAGGCGCACUCCACAGCUGCGAGUGUAACUUCCUUACGAGUGACACUCGGUAGUGAAGGCCGAGUGUGUAGGGGGCGGUCUGGGAUUGGGCUGAAAAGUUCGGACAUGCCUGGUUUAGAGAGGAGAUGGACAGAGAAGAGACUGAUGCACGGAGUUGGGAAGCAGGUCCAUGCCAGCGAAACAUCUACAGCAGCGAUCCAGAGGAACCUACGGCAUGAUGGAGCUCAGAUAAGACUUUAUAAGCUGGACAUGAUGAUUCAGAGUUAAUGACUCUGACAGAUGAAGGAUGAAGCAGGAGGGGAAAAGGGGAAAUCUUCCCUGUGAACUUUUCCUACAAACUUUCUUCGCUGUGAGCGUCUAAUUUUACAUGCACGCAGCAGAACGUGGAGGAAAAGUCAAAGGCAGGAACUGCAAAGAAAGAGACGAUAGAAGUAUUUUAAGAGGCCAAAGGCUAAUUAUGAGAAGUCACUGGAGUGCAUGCAUUUCCUCUGCUGUAGAAACUCUUAAUUAGAGCUUUAAAGAUGAAAACUUCUGAGGGAAAUCGUCUUUUUUUCUCUCAAAGUUGGAGUUUGUGAAGUGAGCUGCUUUUGAUCAGAAAAUUGUCCAUAAUUAAUAUUUUCAUGUCUGAUGCGGCUUUGUCGUCUCAUCAGUGUCUCUCUGGUGGCUGUCAGGAAACUGUCAGUCCUUCUCAGCCGUUAUAUUUAGACGCUGACCUCAGAUUCGUGUUUAAAUGAGUGUGAAAAUGGAGUGAAACGAGGCUGCAUCUGCACUCCUACCUGCAUUUUACAGGCUUUGUUCUCUUCCCUGUUGUUCUCACGCUCUGACCAAAAGAGGACACACACACACACACAUACACACACAUACACACAGCCUCCUACACCCAAACACACGCACACACAUAUGCAUCAAUAACCACCCAUGCAGCAGCUUAGAGAGGCGGGCAGUCAUGCAUAGAUCGAUGUCCCACCCAGUCAGAGCUCAGCGUGAAGCGAGGACUCAGCUGUCUCUGAGCUCCCUCCAGCUUCUCCACAUCCCACUGAAAGCGACCGCGCUGCUCUGCAGAAACAGGGAGGGAAAAAAAAAACAGCCAAUCAGGGCGGUCAAGGACGCUGGUUAUCCAAACUAUCACCAACAUUCAGCAGACUAUAAAGAAGUUCAAGUUGCUCUUUCCUUUUUCCUCUCAGCUUCAGUCGUUCGCCUACAGAGGGAGCUCAAACUCCAGUUUUUCCCUGGAGUUUGACUCUGCACAGUUUUUCAGCUCCACUCCAUCAUUUAUAUUUGAGGAGCAUGCUGGACUCAGAGAGCUUGAAAUGCAGGUUUUGCAAGAGUAAGUCAGAGAAGGACGACAGGCUGCUAAUGUGCUGGUGGAGUUUCUCACUGGCCUUCUGUUUUCAGCUGCGUUUCCUCAGAAGGGAGCGUCUUAGCGAGCCACAGAGUUUUGUUUUCAACAAUUGGAGGAGAGGUUGUAUUUUUUGGCUUUAGCGAGAAAAAAACUCCAAAGAUGAGGACAUUUGUCAGAAAGUUUGAGCUCCAAUUCAGUUUUUAAGGCCCCCUAUGUAGAACUUUGUGUUUUUGAAGAUUUUGGUUCCUCCUGUUGGUAAAGUGGUGUCUCUGGUUUCUUUCUGAACUUGUCCUGUAGGCGUGGAGGUUCUCCUUCCUGCCCUGGUGGUUUGUACCAGCGAAGAGAGCAGGGAGAGAGAGACAGGUGUGUAAAGUCGUGAGUGUCUGAAAUAUAAAGGGACAGAACGAGCACAACAAGAGAGAGACAGUGAGGAUCACAAAUGUCAGUCAGGUCGAGGGCCGGGCGAAACUCCAAGAAUCUCAGAGUGAUGUCUAAAUAGUUCAUGCUUUUAUAUAGGGCUGGGCGAUACGGCCUCAAAUCAAUAUCACGAUAUAUUGAUCAGUUCACCUCGAUAACGAUAAAUGGACGAUAACUACUCCACUCCACUACUCCUAUCUCCUCGCCUGUCUUUCCCUCUUUGUUACAGACUGGAUGGGGCGGAGUCACGUCUCUGACGUAGAACAACAUCUUAAAGGGACAUGAGACCAUAGCCUACCUACACACAUCCAAAACAAACUUUUAUUUAUUUAUUUAUUUGACAAAGAAUAUACCAAAAUGAGCAAAAUUACGUUGGUUAUCGUCGUAAAUUUCGGUAUCAGUAAAUCUUCGUUUUAUCGCCCAGCCCUACUUUUAUAUCUCCCAUUAUUGACUGUUUUAACACUCUUCUCUGUGGUCUCCUAGAAAACAACAUCUCCACCUUCUGCUGCUGCAAACCUCAGCUGCAAGAGACCAGGAAGAGAGUCCACAUUACACCUGUUUUUAAAGUCCCUGCAUUGAUUUGCAGUAUCUGUGAAGUUGAUUUUAUCAGUUUUUAAAGCUCUUAUUGAUCCAUAUGAGUCUGUGAGAACCUUCAGUCUGUUUAAACACAUACACAAUUUUGAAAUUACACAGCCAUAGACAGAUCCACUUUCAACAAGAGUUAUUAUUAUUUGCGUGCAGUGAGUUAUGUAGGCUAUGGUCUCAUGUCCCUUUAAGACGCUGUCCUACGUCAGAGACGUGACUCCACCCCAUCCAGUCCGUAACAAAGAGGGAAAGACAGGUGAGGAGAUGGAGGAUGGUUCAGAAGUUGUAGCGGCUGAAGUAGACGAAGUUAAUGUGGGAGGGGGUGAGCAGCUUGUGGAGUAGUUAUCGUCCAUUUAUUGUUAUCGAGGUGAACUGAUCAAUAAAUUGUGAUAUUGAUCUGAGGUCAUAUCGCCCAGCCCUAGCUGAGGCCUCUCUUUCUUUUAUAUGCAUACAUGAAGCUCAAAGGCAAAGACACCCGGGUCCAGAUCAGCUGAUGCUCUAAAAGCUGAGUGUGACCUUUAACACCGCGCUCACUCACAUAGUUCAUAUUUUAAUACUUCGUCAUCGUUCAGCUCAGAUCUGGUAACCUGCUGUUUUUAAUCCGCCGUGUUUAAACUUUAUAGCAGAGAUUUAACUUUGGAGGUAAAAUAGUUCAUGAUGCUGCAGAAAAAAAAGGGAUAUAUAUAUAAAAAAAAAAAACUGCUGCAGGUUUUUCUUCUCUCAGGAUUGUUGAUGCAGACUGUGAGGUGGCGGCCUCGGGGAGCAGCGGGGGGUCAGGAGGUGACACUCCUGGACAUAUUUAGUAUUCAGUCACAGUUCAUGGAGCAGCAGGGAGACAGCAGAGUCACAACUAUAGCGCGACCCUUAACACACACGCACACACACAGACACACACUCUCAAAAACACACCUCCUGCAUCUCUCCAUAAAGGACAUUUCUCCAGAGGACUGAGGGGGUCGGCACGAAUGUCAAACAGUCUGUCAGAGAAGACGCUGAUGCGAAGAGCUCAGAGUCCAGCUUCUUAUAACAUUUACUCGUCUACUUGAACGGAUCAGAAAUAGAAUAAAAUAAUUAAAACUCAGGGCAGAAUAACGACACAGCUGAGAGAGAGGUAAUAAAUAAGAUAAUUCAAGAAUUUAAGAAGACUGGUGAAAGAGACACUGCAUAUUCCAUAGUAAACAAAUAAAGGAUGUGUAAUAUUAAAAUUGUGUAUGUGUUUAAUCAGACUGAAGGUUCUAACAGACUCAUAUGGAUCAAUAAGAGCUUUAAAAAAUGAUAAAAUAACCUUAAAAUCAACUUCACAGAUACUGCAAAUCAAUGCAGGGACUUUAAAAACGGGUGUAAUGUGGACUCUCUUCCUGGUCUCUUGCAGCUGAGGUUUGCAGCAGCAGAAGGUGGAGAUGUUGUUUUCCAGGAGACCACAGAGAAGAGUGUUAAAACAGUCAAUAAUGGGAGAUAUAAAAGUAGGGCUGGGCGAUAAAUGAAGAUUUAUUGAUACUGAAAUUUACAACGAUAACCAACGUCAUUUUGCUCAUGUCGGUAUAUUCUUUGUCAAAUAAAUAAAUAAAUAAAAGUUGUUUUUGGAUGUGUGUAGGUAGGCUAUGGUCUCAUGUUCCUUCAAGACGUUGUCCUACGUCAGAGACGUGACUCCACCCCAUCCAGUCAGUAACAAAGAGGGAAAGACAGAUGAGGAGAUGGAGGACGGUUCAAAAGUUGUAGCGGCUGAAGUAGACGAAGUUAAUAUUGGAGGGGGUGAGCAGCUUGUGGAGUAGUUAUCGUCCAUUUAUCUUUAUCAAGGUGAACUGAUCAAUAUAUUCUGAUAUUGAUUUAUGGCCAUAUCGCCCUGCCCUAUAUAAAAGUAUGAACUAUUCAGACAUCACUCUGAGAUUCUUGUUCUGUCCUGUACGGCUCUUGACAAAUAAACUGAAGAGGAAAUGAAGUGAAGAAAACUGGUUUAAAUCUGAAGGGAUGAGAGAGAGAGAGGAGGAAAAGUUUGACCAUGACGACCAUGGUUCGUUUUUGACAUGAAACAGAUGAAUAUGUGUGUGAGAAGAUCGAUAGAAGUGGGUGUGUGUGUGUUUGUACGUUUGUCUAUUACCUGCCCACAGCCGGCCUGUUUGUGUUCAGGUGUCAGAUGUGCAGCUGUGUGGGCGCGGGUUAGGCGCCGCUGAAAAAGACACACUGGUUUCCAGGUAACGGGCAGAAGAAGCUCGUUUUUCUCUUGGCUUCCUUUGAGCCGGGAGGAAACGGGAGUUUGAAGCAGCUCUGCCCCGGCCCGUCUCUUUGGAGAGAUCAGACUAAUUAGGUUUAUUCAUUUUCUUCAAAAACACUGAAGAGCUUUAUCCUUCAACAAGCUGCACAGUUCGCCAAAAAUGUCAGUUUACCAUUUAUGCAAGAACGACGUUUCUGCAGAAGUAAAAUGAGAUUAGCUCAUAUUAACUGACUGUUAAAAAAGAGGUGGCGUUUCAGACGGCGACAGGAAAUGUCGUAGUAAACGUCAUGAUUGAGAGACACAAACGGACAAAAAGUUAAAAACAAAACUUAAAACUGUUUAAAAGGUACAAAAGAUGAAGAAGAAGAUGAUGAAUUGUGGGACUUUUGUCUCCUUUGUGUCCGUGACGUAAAAGACAGAGGAGAAAAAAAAUAAAAACAUCCUCUGUGAGACCACGUCAGCUGUUUGUGUGCGGUGAGUCACAGCUGUUUAUGAAGGGCACAGAAAGCAAGAACUGACAACACGGGCGUACGAGGUCUGAAUUACCUCCUGUCUGACACUAUCUGCUCCGUUCGGAUCAGGACACUUUGAUUAUUUUGGCAAAUUCAUGUUCUGAGACACAAAAUAUCAUUACAGUAAUUGUAGCAUCCAAACAGCUGACAUUGAGCUCUAGUGUUAUGGUGCGACAUGAACAGUCAGGAGACGGUCAAAGUAAGAAGAAUCCACCUCACGAGUGAAAGAAUGUAACAGGUUGAUUUUUGUUUUAGUUUAGGGAUCAUCCUCUGAGGUAAAAAAAAAUCGCCUCUAAAACGUAAAAUAUUCUAAAAGCUAUAUUUAAACCAACCAAGGCUGGAGCCUGCCUCAAGUGGACAUUUAAAGAACUGCAUCUCCACUUUAUAACACUAGAGGUUGAAGGUGGUGUAGUCAGGAUCUGAGGAGGUGCCAGUUUUUAGGAGAAAUCUUGAAUGUAAACUCUACCCCUCCUAACCAGUUUCCCCCUCAGCUCCUCCUCUCUGCUCAACAAGCCCCGCCCACAAACAGACGCUCCUGCUCGCUUGUAUCGUUCCAAUUAAAUUCAGAUAUAAUGCAGAUAAAUACUUCAGAUCAUUACAAAUGGGGCCCAGUCAAGGUGAAAGUCAAAAGCAUUGGUGCUACUGUAGAUGCCAACAGACUACCAGCAAACACAAUGUUUGCAGGACUUCUACAACUAGGAUAAAGUGACAUAGUCCAGGACCCGAGGGAGGACAGUUUAGCGAUGGCGCUACAACACGCUACAGCAGGUCCGUUUGACAAGAAACACUUCUGUUACAGACACUUGUCUUACUUUGUUAAAGCGGUUUACCUGUCCAGCAGAAAGGUUACAGGGUCACCAAGAUCCCCAAGCGUCCCCCAUCGUUUAUGUUGACCCGGCUUCUUAGCUCUUGUCCGGUCUACCUCCGUUUUAAAUCGUCAAUAGCUAAAAGCUCCUGACUGAUAUUAGAAGAUUUUUUAUAAAUACACCACAAAAAAAGAUGCUUCUUUAACUGCUUUUUUAAUUCCAUGCAGUAACAUCUGCGUCUUUUUCUCCUCAGAUCGUCACGGACUACGUCUUCCUGUGUCCGUCCAGGAGAUCGGCGCGCGCAGGUACGGCAGCAGGCAGCCAGGUGUGGACGUACGUGUUCGACCACGUAGCGUCAGAUCACCGCGUGUGGUCAGGUCUGACUUUCUGCUACCAGCACGUCUGUCACGGAGCAGAGCUGCCUUUUCUCUUCAACUCCGCUCCGGUCGCCAACUUCACCAUGUCUCCUCCUGAGAGGCUGCUGUCCAAUCGGAUGCUGUGUUACUGGGGCGCCUUUGCACAUACGGGGGAUCCCUCAUCUCGGGCGCAGCAGACGACUUUCUGCCGGGAGCAGCGUCUUCCCGUUUGGCCACGUUACUCUGACACCAGCGGGUGGCUGAUGCUGAACUUCACGGUCCGUUCACACGCACAAGUGGGAACCAGGAACCACGUGUGUGACUUCUGGGACAAGCUGGGAAUUUACUAGAUCAGGGGGAGGAGGAUGGGGAGUGUUUGGUAGCGAAUGCAUUAAAGUAUGAUAUGUGAGUUUUCUAUUUAGCCAUCGAAUUUCCACCUGUAAAAGCAGAGUGUAUCUCUGAAAAGAGGUGUAUAUAAUGUCGACUUUUUGCGAUCGAAACACUUUGUGAUAAUUCCAAUAAAAGAUCAGGUAUUCAGUUAGCUGAGUUUCCUCUUUUUCUGGUCUUUUCCGGUAACUUUUAAGGUUUAAAGGGGACCUGCCAUAAAAAUUUAAUUUUUGUUUUUUUUUGUGUCAGAUAAGGUCCAUAUUAUGUUCGUCUUAUGUUGUAAAUGUGAAAACAAACCAUUACGUCGUUUGCAUUCUGUAAAGGUUUAAAAUAAAGGAACGAGUAAACCAGGCCAAUUGAAAAAGCCCGUCGGUGUUAUGUUGCGCCGACCUUGUUCAUUAUUAUUCACGAGCGCGUCCUCGGUGAGCCGUGCCCACUCUCUCGUUCUCGUACUCAGUCACAGCCAGAGCGAGACCCAGCUACCGCUG